CGUGCAGUAUAUUAAAACCCUGUUGAUCGAUUUGUUAACUUUAGCAAACUUUCGAUCUUUGUAUACAUUUAUCAAGAACCAUUUGACCUUUCGUGGCUUCAUAGAGGAAACAAAAAAUUCUGAUAAUUACGGAAAGUGAAACUGUUUGUUGUUAAAGUUUCGUGCGAAGGGAAAACGGAAAGGUUUCUCACUGUGAUCCUAGGGGUUAUAUUUCUAAAUGGGAUUUAUUUUAUUACUUUUCAUAUUUAUCUGUUAAGCAGUUACUUCCUUGAAUGCAUCGGCUGCAUCUAUCGGCUAACAUUACUGGGAAUUAAAAAAGGGGAAAAUGAAAUAGACUUUUUUUUUUACUAGAACCGCAGGAUGUGUUURAGGCAGCGGGGGAUUUUAUUGUGUUAAUGUGCCUUAAGUGAUUACAURCUCAUAACCCUAUUCCGUGAUUAUUGAUUCUGUGCUGGUGUGGGUUGGAUAUGGUGUCAUUUGCCCUAAAUUAGAAACUCUCUAUACCAUGAGUAAUUAUUUCUUUUUAAGGCACUUUUGGUCAAAUGUCUUUUAAAAAUUAUCUAGAUGGCUUUAAUCACAAUAAAACUUUAAUAUACUUUCCUAUAAGCAACGAGAUAUGAUAAAAAUAUAGUUACCAUCUUAAUGGUUUUCUCAGACAAGAUUUGAUGCAUCCCUCAUCAAUCUCAUCACACUGCGUCACUGAUUGAUUGUGUAGUUCCGGUGUGGUUAGCAGCUCGUCACACAGUUCAAGUCGUAAACCUUCAAACAAUCUCUUGUUUGUUGUGUAUAUAAAAGCGCUUUUGUUUGUUCUUCUUUAAUUGAAGUCCUGACAAAUCCUACUUGAUGACACCUUUAGUGAUUUCGUAUUUAGUGGAAAUUCAAGAGGCUUUUUUUGUGUAAUUUCAACACUGCCUGACAAAUGUCAUAACUGAAAUCAAAAGUUACGGCUCAGUUGAAGUCUUUCGUUUCAAUAUUGGCGAUGAGUAUUGCCCACCUACUAGUCACAGCCGACAAGCCCUUAGGGUGAAGGUGCUUUGUUUGUAUUUACUACUCAAUCAUUGUUGCUGUCAUCUUGUGCUUCUCAAGUUCUAUUCAUGUUAACCGUCUGGAUCCAGAUACUACAAAGCCUGUUGACAGAGAAACGCCAUGCCGUCAAGCUAGUCAAGACACGAGUUCUUAGCGUUGUAGUCAACGUUAAUGGAAUCAUUGAUCAAAAUGGAACGAACGAUCAGCCUAAGUGAAAUCAAUGAGCAUAUAACUUGUCGAUUGUGCGAUGGAUACCUGAUUGAUGCCACUACUAUUGUCGAAUGUCUUCAUACAUUCUGUCGUAGCUGUAUCGUAAAACAUUUAAGACAAUGUAACUACUGCCCAACAUGUAAAAUAACUCUACACCAAAGCCACCCUAUGAACUACAUAAGCACUGAUCGUACCUUGCAAGAUAUCGUGUAUAGAUUGGUACCUGGUCUACAGGAACGUGAAAAACAACGGCAAAAAGAGUUUGAAGUGGCAAUGUUUAUGUAUCGUACUGGUGAACAACAAAGUUUAUAUAAUAACAAACAAAAUAUGAGUUCUCAUCAAGCACAAGAACCUGAACCCACAAAUACUGACUAUCAUCGUGGUGACGAGCAAACUGCGAUAUGUAUGGAAUGUUACAGGUCUUCAAACGGCAAUUAUAUGCUAAAGCCACUUGAUCGUAAAUUUCUACGACUUUCGUCACAAGCCACAGUUCAACAUCUCAAAAAGUUUGUCGCUAAGAAAUUAUCCUUGGAGAAUCAUUCUGAUGUAGAUAUUUUAUGUAAUGAUGAGAUAUUAGGUAAAGAUCACACUAUCAAGUUCAUUAUGGUAACACGAUGGAGAUGUAAGGCAUCGCCAUUACUACUACACUACAGACCAAGCUUGAAGCUCUAUUAAACGCCUUUGCUUAAAGCUACAGCCAUUAAUACUUCAUGAUCGGUUCAUUCAAUAAAGUAUUCAUAAGUCUGUUCGCGAAACAAAGAACAACAAGAUGACUUAAAUAACGUUUAUUAGAGUAACAAACACUUGAGRGUAAAACGAAUCAGUGAAUUACUACCCAAGCCUUUUAGACGUCGUUUUCAUCAGGAAGUCAAGUAGAUAAAAAAAUCCCUGGACCAAAUAUCAGCUCUUCAACAAGUGUGGGCUACGUUGGUACAUCAACACCAACCAACAGAGCAAAGAUUGYGAUUUUAUGCAGCCCAAAAUAAUAUGGAAGUCUGGAAGGUGUUACUAACAAAAGCAGGUGGAAAAAUGAACAAACUCUCGCUGUUGCCAGAAUCUUUUUCUGGGAAUGCCCCAGGUUUAACUGAAAUAUCAAUGAAUCAUUUCUUUUUUUACAAUUUAUAACUUCUUUUCCACUCCAUUCCGACCAAGCUAUGUCCUAUUUAAACAAGCGUUUUAAUGCAUUCAUCUGAUCACGUGGUUUUAUUGGCCUAUGAUAUCAUAGUGCAGGACAAUGGGUGGMGCCUAUAGAAAAAAGACAUUUAUUAAACAAACAAAUAAUUUAUUGUUUUUGUUAAUAAAAGAAACACUUGCUUAUC